AUGGCUGGCGUGCAAUCCCUCCUCGCUCGCCGUCCCGCCUUUCUGCUCGGCGCGCCACCGCCUGAAUCCGCCGCCCGCGGGCUUCUCUCCGGCGCAGGCCGCGCCAUCCCGCGCCCGCACGCUCCAUUCUCAGAUAGGCGGGGGUUUAGGCGGGCUUACGUCGGCAUUAGCAGCAAAGGGGAAAAUCGAGUAUUUUGCGCGUAUAGCGGCGAUGGUGGGGCGAGGAGUAGAGCGUCGGACGGAUCGAUAGAGCCAGACAUUGAGAGGGGCUGGGAGCGGCAAAGCGCGAGUGGCGUUUCACCAUCACGCUCACAGGCGCAGGAGCAGUGCGAGUCGCCCGCUCCCCAUGGCCCGCCAUCUCCGCCUGCUGCUUUCCCCAACGUCCUCGUCCCGCGGGCCCUUGCUUCCCCCCUCGCCUCCGCGGCUCUCGCUCUCCUCCUCGCCCUCGCGCCCUUCGCGACUCGCCCGCCGGCCCUCGCGCAAGCACCCCCCGCGGGGACUGCGGCGACUGUGGCGGAGACGAGUAGCGGGAGGCGCGAGGCACGCAGCAAGGCUGCGGGGCGGCGGAAGGAAAAGCGCGCGGAGGGUGGAACAUCCUCAGCGCGGGGGAGCAAGAGUGCUGUGGGGGGGUGGGAAGCAGCAGGAGGCGGACAAGCGGGGGACGUGGGGACGUUGGGGGAGGCAGACGCGGGGAGCCGGCGGGCGGAGGAGAGGCUGGAGGCAUUCCAGAGGACAGCGGCGGCUGCGGUGACGGCGGAGGAGGUGGGCGCGGUUGAGCGCGCGUACCAGGCGGAGUGGGCGCGGAGCAUGCGGGAGAGCGAGACGCGGCAGGCGCGGCUGCUGGACGAGCUGGUGGGCGCGCGCAUGGCGCUGGCGGAGAGAGAAGAAGCGCUGGAGCGCGCGCGGGAGAGAGUCGCGGAAGGGGAAGCGGCGGAGAGCAAGGGGCGGGAGGAGGAAGGCGGGGAAGAGGCAGGGAAGAGCGAAGAAGGGGCGGCAGGUAAGGGGAGUCGGGCAGGGGGCAAGGCGAAGGGGAGGAAGGGGAAGGGUGCGGCAGGGGCAGGGGGAGACGAAGGGGCGGGCAGUGUGCGCGCGUGCAGGCGGGUCGUGGAGGCGGCGCAGCGGCGCGCUGACGAGGCGGCAGCGGCAGUGGUGGCAGCGGGGCAGCAGGCGGAGGGGCGGCUGGCGCGCAUGUGGGAGGCACUGGGGGAGGCGAAGAGGAGGGUGCAUGGGGAGGUGGCAGGGGGCGCGAGCGCGGACGGGGAGGGCGGCGAGGGGGAAGCGGGGAAGGGAGUGGCGGCGAUGGGGGGUGCGAUGGCGGUGGCGGGCAGGGACGUGCGCGAGUGCCUUGACCACCCCGGCCGGGUGCCUGCUGUGCUGCUCCGAUCGCUCAGACGUGCCGUGGGGGGCGGAGACCCUGCCGCCCCCACUGCCGCUGCUGCUGGUGGUGAUGCAGGGCAGGGGGCGGAGCAGGCAGGGCCAGAAGGGGCAGCGGGCCUGAAGGCACUGAGUGCAGCGGAGGAGGCAGCAGCGGAUGCUCAGGUGCUGGCGUGGCACAAGUGGGCGGCGGAACAACGGGCAGCGGCAAAGAAGCAGAUUGUGAGCAGCCGAGGCAAGGCCAAGGCGUUUGCAGCUGAGAAGCAGGCGGAGGUGCUGACAGCGCGCGACCGGGUGAUGGGGGAGGCCACGCUCAACACGGGCGUCACCUCGCCACUGCUGGGCGGUGGCCCCGAGGGGCGGUGGGAGCUGACAGCGGCGGGGCUGUGGGAGGCGCUCUCGCACUCGCUGCUCUCCUCCGUGUCGCUGCGCCAUGACCGCCGUGCCGCCCUGCUGCGCCUCAAGGCCGACCCGCGCCUCUUCUUCGUCGACCUAUCCGCGUGGGACAGCUGGCGCCACGCCACUGGCGGCACCGACGAGCUGCUGCUGCGCCUGCGGGCGGCGGGCGUGCCGACGCGGGUGGAGGUGAUGUGGGUGCCAGUGAGGGAGUGGGACCCCGCCUCGCUGUACGCGCUGCCGGCGCGUGUGGUGGGGCACGCGGCGCACUCGCUGUCGUCAGCGGGGCCGGUGCAGGUGGCGCUGCAGUGGUACGUGGGCACGGCGGGCGAGGCAGCAGAGGAGACCUUCUUCCGCUUCGUGUGGCCCGCCAUGCCGCGCGGCCUCAAGGCGCUGCUCAAGCUCGACUACUCGGAGGGCGCGGCGGCGGGCGACGUGGUGGCACUGGAGCGCAUGGGGUGGCUGGCGGCGGCGGAGAGGCGCUUCGCGAAGCGCAGCAGCAUGGCGGGCAGGUGGGCGUGGUGGCUGGUGCUGCCCGCCAAGGCCGCUGUGGCGCUCUUCCCCCUGCGCUGGGCCGCCCUCCCCGCCGCUGCCCUGGCGCAGCGCCUGCUGGUGGGCGCACCGGGGCCGGAGAGUGAGACGGCGUACAAGACGCGGCUGGGGAAGGAGCUGCUGCGGCGCGUGGGCAAGCAGGAGGAGGACGAGGAGAAGGCGAAGAAGGAGAAGAAGGUCAAGGACUCCAUCCGAGAGGCCUUCGACCGCAUGAAGCGAGUGCGGAGGCCGGCGGUGCGGCUGAGCGAUUUCGCGGGGAUGGACGCGGUGAAGGAGGAGGUGCAGGAGGUGAUCACCUUCCUGCGCGACCCCUCCUCCUUCCAACGCCUCGGCGCCCGCCCGCCCCGGGGCGUGCUGAUAACGGGGGGGUCGGGAGUGGGCAAGAGCAGUUUGGCGCUGGCGAUAGCGGCAGAGGCGAGGGUGCCGGUGGUGGACAUCAAGUCCAGCGAUGUUGACCCGGGGGGGUUCGUGGGGCAGGGCGCUGCCAACGUGCGCGAGCUCUUCAAGAUGGCGCGCGAGAUGGCGCCCAUGCUGAUCCUGAUGGAGGACUUUGAGGAGAUAGGCGGGGUGCGCGGGGCGGCCAUGGACACGCGGCUGCAGGACAAGGAGGCCAUCAUCAACCAGCUGCUCGUUGAACUCGACGGGUUUGAGACACAGGAGGGCGUGGUGCUGCUGGCAAUCACUGACAAUCCAGCUGCUGUGGAUCCAGCGCUGCGCAGGCCAGGGCGCAUGGACCGAGUGAUCGAGGUGCCGCUGCCCACGGCGGGCGAGAGGGAGAAGAUUCUGCGCCGCGCCGCCGCCGCCUCCAUGGACCAGCGAUUCGUUGACGCAGUUGACUGGCGCUUCGUGGCGGAGCAGACGGGGGGCCUGAAGCCGACGGACCUGAGGGGCAUGCCGCGGCGCAUCCUGCUGGCCGCCGGCACCGACAAGUUCCGAGAUGAGGACGAACUGGCGGGCACUCUCAGCAUGCUGGAGCUGUACCACUGGGUGGUGCCGGCGCUGCUGCGGCGCGUGCCGGUGCUGCAGCGGUGGGAGAGCGGAGUGGUGGAGCGGCUGGGGCUGGAGCUGACUCCGGGGGACGUGCAGCGAGUGCUGCCGGACAUUGACUUCUCCUCGCUCACCGACCUCGGCAUGGACCUCACCCUCCCCGACACCGCCAAGUGGGAUCGUGCUGAGAAGCUUCCGCAUGCGGUGUGGGCAGCAGGGAGGGGCGUGCUGGCAGCGCUGCUGCCGAGCUUUGACCGCGUCGACAACAUCUGGCUCAACCCCAACAGCUGGGAGGUGCGCACUGCCAUGCCAUGGGCGAGCAGGUGGGAGGUGUGCAUCGGGCGAGCAGGUGGGAGGUGUGCAUGGGGCGAGCAGGUGGGAGGUGUGCAUGGGGCGAGCAGGUGGGAAGUGUGCAUGGGGCAAGCAGGCGGGAAGUGUGCAUGGGGCAAGCAGGUGGGAAGUGUGCAUGGGGCAAGCAGGUGGGAGGUGUGCAUGGGGCAAGCAGGUGGGAAGUGUGCAUGGGGCAAGCAGGCGGGAAGUGUGCAUGGGGCAAGCAGGUGGGAAGUGUGCAUGGGGCAAGCAGGUGGGAAGUGUGCAUGGGGCAAGCAGGUGGGAAGUGUGCAUGGGGCAAGCAGGCGGGAAGUGUGCAUGGGGCAAGCAGGUGGGAAGUGUGCAUGGGGCAAGCAGGGCGUGGGGUUCACGCGCUUCACGCGUGCCGCCGAGGGCUCGCUGGGCGGGGCGGACGGCAGUGCGGAGGCGGGCGGCGGCGGCGUGGUGAGCCGCGCGUACACGGAGCAGAGCCUGGUGGCGCUCUUCGGGUCGCACAUCGCCGCCGCACUGCUGCUGCCCUGGGGGCACUCCAACAACCUCGCCACCCCGCAGCUGCAGCAGGCCUACCAGCUGGCGGAGCGCAUGGUCAUGGAGUGGGGCUGGGGACCCGACGACUCUCCCUUCAUCUUCCAAACCCACACCGCGGUCAGUACUACCACCCACCAUGCUGUGAGUGCCACCCACCAUGCUGUUACUACCACCCACCAUGCUGUGAGUGCCACCCACCAUGCUGUGAGUGCCACCCACCAUGCUGUGAGUGCCACCCACCAUGCUGUUACUACCACCCACCAUGCUGUGAGUGCCACCCACCGUUCUCGCAAGAGUCUGGCGUUGGGGCAAAGGCAGGAGGCGGAGCUGAAGCAAAGGGUGCAGCAGCUGCACGAUGCGGCAUUUGAGCGCGCGCACGCGCUGCUGGCUGGCAACCGGCGCACGCUGCAGGCCGUGGUGGACGCCCUCUGCACGCACGACGCCGUCGACCGCCAGGUCCGCGCCCGCCCGGCCCCUCCAUGCCCGCAUGGUCGCCUGGGUGCAUUGUGCAUGCUUGGUGCUUGGGUGCAUGGCGCAUUGGUGCAUGGGUGCAUGGGCGCAUGGGUGCAUGGGCACAUGGCUGCAUGGGUGCAUGAGUGCAUGGGUGCAAGGGUGUUUGAGCGCAUGGGUGCAUAG